GAAAGACGUUCACUUCCUCCUUCUGUGCUUGCAGGGCUGAGCCGCUGCUGAGACUGCACUGUCCACCCUGACAGCCUGCUUGCAAAAUGGACCAGGAAACCUUGGGAAGCAUUGUCCUGCUUGCCAUCGUCACCUUGAUAAGUGUUGUCCAGAACGCUUUUUUUGCUAGCAAAGUGGAGCAUGAAAGCAAACACUGCAACAGCAAGGGGUUCCAACGGCCAGGAUCCUCUGCCUUCGACCGUGUCUACACUGCCAACCAGAACUGCGGACACGCGUACCCAACGUUCCUGGCCGUGCUUUGGUGUGCUGGACUUCUCUGCAGCCAAGCUCCUGCUGCCUUUGCCGGCCUGAUGUAUUUGUUUGUGCGGCAGAAGUACUUUGUGGGCUACCUUGGGGAAAGGACUCAGAGCACUCCUGGUCACUUGUUUGGAAAGCGCAUAAUUUUGUUCCUGUUCCUCAUGUCCGUGGCUGGAAUACUCAACUAUUAUCUCAUCUUCUUUUUUGGAAGUGACUUUGAAAUGCACAUAAAAACGAUAACCGGUGCGAUUUCUCCAUUGCUGCUCAUCCCCUAGCUCUCUGCAGCACUGAGGGGUCAGCAUGUUCAGUAUAUCAAUACCCAGAAGCAGCCAUAAUUCAACUGUUUAAGAAAUGAACCCGUAACCCUUUUAGAUUGCUGUAAAUCUCAUGCUGGUUGGCCUUUGUAGUUUGAUUUAACCUUGCUUUUUCCUUUAGGAAAAAGAUUUAUCAGUCAGCACGGCCAAAGAAUGGUAACAACUUGCAGUUAAUUCUUUAGAGUUUUUUUCCCUAAACUGCAGCUUGCAAGCUGAUUGCAUGACUGGAAGGGACAUUGUAUACUCAUUUCACAGCUGCAUUGUGCUUAGCUUUUGUCCAAAAACCCAGGAGCCUCUCAGCAUGGUUCCUGACUGAUGGUCCCUGCAGUUGCCCUCACGCAGGGGCGCAGCCUUUCACCUGUGUCCCGCUCGCCCCUGCCCACGCACAGGCACGGGCGGACCCUCCACCUGCCCUUGUCCUCCCACUUGUUGAUGACAGAGCUCCCACUGCUGCAGGAGGGUGGCAAAUUUGCCCCUGUCUGUUCUUCCCUGAUAAAUAUUCAUGUGCUUAAUGCUCCCGACACUGAUCUCAUUUACACUUCAGCCUUUUUGUUCUCCCAGAGCUGUGGAAAUGGGUCUUGUGUAAAUGAGGAGCUGGUGUAUUGACGGUGGGGUUGGUUUUGUGUUACUUGGCUUUGUUUAAUAAAACAGUCUAAAAGGUCGAAA